AUGACACUUGAAAAUACUUCAGAGUCAGACGGUCAGGGGUUAUGUGACCUUUUUUCACGAUACUUUGGUUCAGUUUUUGACGGUAAAACUAACCCUUACACUGACCAAUCUGGUGCUGUAAAUAACACGUAUUUUAAUGUAUUAUCUGGCUUUUAUAUUACGGUAACAGAUAUCGAACGUAAAAUAGAUAGUUUGGAUAUUAAUAAAGGGGCAGGUCCUGACCUUCUGCCUCCUAUUUUCAUAAAAAGUUGCGGAAAGGAGUUGUCCAUUCCAUUAUGUGUUCUCUUUAAUAAAUCGUUAACUAGUGGUGUGUUUCCUAAGCGCUGGAAAACUGCCCACAUAAUAUCUAUUUAUAAAAGUGGCGAUAAGUCUUAUUGUAAAAACUAUAGACCGAUAAGUAUUUUAUCUUGCGCUGCUAAAUUAUUUGAGUCAGUGAUGUGUACUCAUCUGUACAGUCAUUUUAAGCCUGUUCUUUCAGACAAGCAACAUGGUUUUGUUAGAAACAGGUCUACGGUCACUAACCUUCUGGAAUACAAAAACUAUCUCUGUCAAGUGUUUGCCACAGGUGGCCAAGUUGACUCUGUUUACACUGACUUCUCCAAGGCUUUUGACAAGGUAAAUCACCAUCUGCUCUGUCAUAAGUUAGCGUCACAUGGUAUCCACGGCAGUUUAUAUAGAUGGAUCUGCUCAUACCUAGACUCUAGAACUCAGUUGGUUGCGUUAAAGGGCUUCAUCUCUGCACCUAUCGCAGUUACAUCAGGAGUACCUCAUGGUUCCCACUUAGGGCCAUUAUUCUUCGUAGUUUUUAUUAAUGACCUUAUUCAACAACUGUCCUGCAAUUGUCUCUUAUAUGCAGAUGACUUAAAAAUAUUUACUUCUAUUACUAAUUUAGAUGACUGCUUUACAUUACAGCGUGAUAUCAAUACAGUAUCACAAUGGUGCAAGACUAACUACAUGUAUUUAAAUAUAGACAAGUGUUUUGUCAUAUCGUUUACUAAUAAACGAAACAAAAUCGUAUGGAACUAUGACAUAGAUGGUCAAUUAGUUAACAGAUCAGAUGUUGCAACAGACCUAGGUAUCCUGUUCGAUGACAAGCUUUCAUUCCGUGCCCACUAUAGUCACAUCACGUCCAAAGCAAACCAUCUACUGGGUUUUAUUCUUAGAUCCACAAAAGGUUUCAAAAAUCCUUGUAGCACCUUGUACUUAUACUUCAGCCUCGUAAAAAGUAUAUUAGAAUACGGUAGUCCUAUAUGGUCGCCGAAUUAUAACGUGCACAUUGACGAUAUUGAACGAAUUCAGAGGAAAUUUCUCAGAAUUUUAUGUUAUCGUAUAAAACCUGGCCGGUCUAACUUAAAUUAUUGCGAUAGACUCCUGAAAUUUAAAGUUCAACCAUUAGAAUCCAGACGCAUAAUCUUCGACUUAGUUUACCUUUACAAAAUCACCCACUCCAUUAUAGACUCUCCCGAACUACUAGCUCAUAUAAGCAUUAACAUUAAAUUUAGUGCCCGUAGAUCUAGUGAAGUCAAUCUAUUUUCCCUACAAAUUUAUAAAAAUAACAUCUCGUAUUACAACCCUUUGACCAGGAUGGCUCGUCAAUAUAACGAGAUGGCAAAGAGCAAUCACUUACUUGUGGACAUAUUCUGUCACAAUAUUAAUAUAUUCAUCAGUGUCAUUAAAGACAUCCUCCAUCGUAGGUUAAGUGCUGACCCUUGUGGCCCUGGUUGCUAUACCUAA